UUCGGUUCAUAGUCUUACUAUGUAUCAAACAUACCUCUGUGCACAAAAGAGUUCCAAGGUGGUUCAAGUUGAACUUUGCAUUUUACAUUUUUGAAUGAAUGGACUUGAUAGAAGAAAACAUCGAAUUACCUCGUGGUCCAAAUGGACUGGGGUUUAAUAUUAGAGGAGGAAUUGAUGUACCUCAUUUGAAGAAUGACCAUGGAAUAUUUGUGACAAAGAUCAGGGAUAUUGGUACAGCAUAUGAAGAUGGAAGAUUAAAAGAAGGAGAUAAAAUAUUAGAGGUAAAUGGUGAGGAUUUAAGAAAUGUUAGUCACAAUGAGGCUGUACAGGUAUUCCUGAAGGCAGGGGGGAAUGUCAAAAUGCUGGUGCAACACAAUGCAGAAGCCUUUUACAAGAAAAAAUUAAAGGAUUUCGAACUUCUAGAUAAAGAACUAAACCAAAAAGCAAAGGAAGCAACUGAAAACAGUAGUUCAUCUCGUAUAUGGACAGCUAUAGGUGUUUCUGUGGUUGUAAUAGCUGGUAGUUUGUUCUUAGCCAAGAAAUAUAAUAAACUGCCUGAUUUGUUGAACAUUAAACUACCAACAUCUUGGUCAUCUUAAUGGACUUUUGAUUGUUUAAUUCAACAGUAUCUAAUUUAAUGGUUGUUAAUGCAGAGUAACAUUUACAAACAUUUUUAAAGUUAGUUUGGACGGAACUGAAGUCUUUAAAGAAUGCAAUUUACCUGAUGAAUAAUCAGUGUAUAGUGAUGAGUUAUAAUAUACCUACACUCAUACUGUAAAUGGUGUAGAGUUGUAGUUAGUGCAUUGUGUUUCAAGUUUUCUGAUGAAAGAGAGAGAAAGUGAAAAAAAAGAUCUCAUUGAUAAUCAAAUUCAAUUCUAAAGAUCAAAUUUGUUUCUAGUUCUUCUUAUUUAGAUAUUUUUUCAAGCAUUUUAUUUUAGAUUAUCUGAUUAUAUACCAUCCAUGAGUAUCCACUGCCACACAGCAAUUGCAUAUUUAGAAGUUUAUAUUCUUAAGAUUUUUUUUUGAAAGAAAUGAUUUGCAUGUACAUGUACCAAUAUUAUAAUGUAAAAAGGUUAGAUUGUUCAUAGAGGUUUUCUAUAAAUCUUCUUUAACAUCAUUUACUUGUAUGAAUCUAGACUGAAGUAAGAGUGUUCUCAGAAUAUUGAAGCAUAUACAUUUUUAUAAACAGAAAGUUAAUUUGUAUAUAUGUUAUGGAAUGCAUUGAUUACUGUGAUCUCUGUCUGUUAUGCUCAAAGCAUUUAUUUUUUUAUGCAGAUUAAUUUUUAUAGUCUCAGGACUUUAAUUGAUUUAGGUUUCUGUCAUUUGACAAUAGAAAUUUGGUUAUUUUAAGAGGUUAUUACUUAAAUUAAAUGUAUUGAAAGAAAGGGUGUUGUUGAGACUUCCAAUAUAAGUACAUUAAAGUUUAGUUGGAAGGCACUCUUUUUUUUGCCUUUACAAUUGCAUUUUACUUUACAUACAUCAAUCACAAUUUGAACUAAGUGACCUGCUUGAAUCCAUACAAAAAAAAAUAAAGUGCCUUCCAACGCCCCAUAGUUUUUUUAGAUUUGACAGUUAAUGAGGGGCGGGGGAUAUAAGUGAUACAUAUUCUUCAUGACCUGUAACAAGAAAUGACUGAAAGUUAAAAUGAAAUGAAUAAAAAUACUGGUAUUGCUACGAACAAAUAAUUUAGCAAAAUCUAUAUAUUUUGUAUGGUUUUGUUAAAUUUCUAAUAACUAUGGUAAUCUAUCACAUGCUUAUAUUGGUAUAUAUAUAAUUACAUAUAAUCCUUAUUAUCAUUGGAAUAAAGUGUUUACUUCUUCAACCUGAAUUACAAAAAUGUAAAUACAAUAUAUGAUUGAUAUAAAAAAUAUAGAUUUUAUAAAAUACAGUACUGAAUGAUAAAAUGAUAAAAUCACUUUAAACAAGUCAGCACAAUUUUGCUUUAAUUUUAUAUAAUUGGUAGUUUCUGUGAUACAUAUCCUUGUUUUUGCUAAAUAUAUAUUUAAACAUUGCAUUAUUUCAUUUUAAACUUUAUCUGCUCUAUUUGAUAAUCCUGUAAUGCUCAUACAAUUAUUUUUAUGUAUUUGUUGUCAAUCCAUAUUUCAUAUAUAUAUUGCUAGUAGAGUAGACAACUUUCAGUUUCUAUACCUUAUAAAAAAAUUCAAUUUAACAGAAAAUUAUUAAAGUAUUAAACAGAUUUUUGAAUUUCUCUCUUGAUUUUUUUUUUCGUUUUUGCUUAAAGGUAAAAAAAAUCUAAGAUAAUGACAAUGUAAAAAGAGAGAAUUGAAAUUUUAAAACAUUAGGUCAGAUUUUAUAGUGAGGUCAUAAAGCUAACUAAUGCACAAUAACAAUAUUUAAGCUAACAUUAAUAUCACAUUUUUUGUACCGAUUAAAAGAAUAAGAUAUUGACUACAGGUUGCACAUCUAGUUCAUCAAUUAUCAAAUCAUAUGACAGUAUAACACAUUUCGGACCCUACAUUUAGAGUUUAUUGAUAAAUUUGUACAUCGGUUGUUUCUCCUUAUAUAAAGUCUCAUUAAUAUUCCAUGACAUUCAUCAUGUUCCUCCCCCCUGUGUUUUAUGCGUUUGUUAUAAAGUACAAGUAAGAGUAGUAACUUUAAUUUCUGAAAUACAAGUUAUUUUGUAGACAUUGUAACUAGAAAAAAAGCUGCAAAAAUUGAUUUUGCUUGAUAUUCAAUGUUAGAUUAAAUUCACAGAGUUUCAAAAUUGGGAAUAUUUUAGCAAUUUGUCCUUACUAGUUCAUGUUCACAUCUCAGAUAGAUACUAAACAUUAUAAGUAUAAUUGCAAUUAUUCUAAUAUAAUUUUAAUGUACAAUCAGGGCAGGUUAAUGGUAGUAGUACUGGGAUGUCAGUAAGUGGCAUUUUACACUACUGUACUAUGUAAUUGAUAUUAAUUUAUACAUUUUUACUCAAAAGUUUGCAAUAGUAAACUUCAAUUUCUGAUAUAAGGACUGACUAUACUUAGUUGUUAUAUUCUGUUCAGUUUUGUUUGUUAUGCAAUAUUUUGUUCUCCAGGGAUCAUAUCGUUAUGUUAUGUUUUACCUGUAUUUGUCUCAUGGUUUUUCUGUUUAAAUAUAUUGUAUAAUAAAGAUAAGCACUCACCAAUUCCAUUACACCUUCCCUUAAAUAGAUUGCAAUAAAGUGAAUGUUCAUACUUUUUUUUAUCAUCCCUGUAGUUGUAAAUUUAUAUACUGUGGAUUCAUUAUUAUUUGUUGGAUACCAUUUUUUGUGGAUUCUGUGGGUACAGGUGAACCACGAAAUAAACUACUUUUCAACGAAUAGCAAGUGUUCUAUAGGCUUGUAUGCAGAAUUUCUGCAAAACCACAAAAAUAAAUAUCCACAAACAUGUAAGUUUUUCUUUAUUCACGAAAAUUGGUACCCAGGAAAAUAAAUGAAUUCACAGUAUCUUCUUAGUUAAAGGUGAUUUUUUUUGUGGUUUGGGGGAAGUUUUAAUUCCAAAUCUGUUUAUUGUCAUUAUUUUUACAUUAUCAAUUUCAUAGCAAUGGAAAAUACAUAAUUGUUGACUACGUAAACCUGUGUUUUUCUUCAAUUUCGAUAUGUGGAAUCAAUAUUUUGUCUUUGAUAAGGAAGACACGAUACUUGUAUAUUCCCUUAGUAGAUAAGAUACAGUGACUGACCAGAGAUAAGGUGAAUGUAAUUAUCAUUCAAUGUAUUGAUGUAAAAUAUGACUUGACUCAUAGAAAAGUAGAUAAGAUACAGUGACAGAUCAGAGAUAAGGUGAAUGUGAUUAUCAUUCAAUGUAUUGAUGUAAAAUAUGACCAGACUAGAAAAGUAGAUAAUACAAUCUGAGUACUAAAAUUCAUUUUGAUUUUGCAUUUAUAUUUUUUUUUCAAGAAACAAUUGUUAAUUCUUCUUUAUUUACAAUGUAUUUAUCUGGAACAACGUUCAUGAAUGAUAAUAAAGUUAUAACAAAUAAAACAA